UCUUUACGUAUUUGUCAAGCGAAAGGCCUCAGCCUGUUCCCAGUGCAGCUGACCAUAUAUUUCAGACUGCAAUCAGCUCUUGAAAUCAAAGCUUUUACGAAAGCACCUCAGCCUUGUCGUUUAGGCGGGUAUUGAGUUCAGCAGAGCCUCAUUCUAGCGAGGCAACUAAUGUGGCAACCGCAGCAGGGUUCCACUACAAAGGACGCUAAAUACGCACUUCUCGACGCAGUCACACAUAACACCCUGUAUUUUGCAGAAAAUCAACAACAACGAUACAACUGCCGAUGUCACUCUCGCCAUGGCAUUGCCCUGUCAUAUCUUUGAGUCCCUUGCUAGCACCAUCCUCCAAAUACAAGGUUGGGUAAAGUGUGGGCGGCUACCGGAUCAAAUGCAGUUACCACGUACGCCUGCUUUUAUUGAGAAUAUGAUGAAGUAUUUCCAGGAACGAGAUUUCCCAAUACUAAGUCUGGACCAGGAAUUGGUCUGCACUUACAGGCAGAGAUAUUACAACUCCAGCUUUACGGAAGAAAUCAACGACGAAAGACUAUUGCAGCUUCCGUAUGCCGCAAGUCUUUAUAUCACGAGGUCUAUGUGUAAACCACUAUUUAUCUUGGAACCUGAGGGGAAUGAUCUAGGUGACAUCCGAUCUUCAAAAAAAUGGAUGACCGAUACAUACAAGGCAAUUUUGUGCCGCAAACCAUCCACUCAUCUAAUCCGCGCCCUACUGCUUGCUGUACUCUGUUUUCAGCGUGAGGACAACUUUGCCCAGGCUUUGGAGGCCUUUGAGGAAGCGACAUCUAUGUUUCGUGCUAUUUCGUCGUUUUUGGAGCUAGAUAAGCUUGGUUUCGACCCGCCUCUGCUUAACACAUGCGACUUGCGAACAGCGACACAAGACUUCUUGUCUAGCCUCUGA